AAAGGACCAGCUUGCUCUUUGCCGCAUCUACUGCGAGAAUGAAGACCAUUCUCAGCAAUCAGACUGUCGACAUCCCAGAAAAUGUCGACAUUAACUUGAAGGGACGGACAGUUAUUGUGAAGGGCCCCAGAGGCACCCUGCGGAGGGACUUCAAUCACAUCAAUGUAGAACUCAGUCUCCUUGGAAAGAAAAAGAAGAGGAUCCGUGUUGACAAAUGGUGGGGAAACAGAAAGGAACUGGCCACUGUUCGCACAAUCUGUAGUCACGUACAGAACAUGAUCAAGGGUGUUACACUGGGCUUCUGUUACAAGAUGAGGUCGGUGUAUGCCCACUUCCCCAUCAACGUUGUUAUUCAGGAGAAUGGUUCUCUUGUGGAAAUCCGAAAUUUUUGGGGUGAAAAAUACAUACGCAGGGUUCGAAUGAGGCCAGGGGUUGCCUGUUCAGUAUCUCAAGCCCAGAAAGAUGAGUUGAUUCUUGAAGGAAAUGACAUUGAACUUGUGUCAAAUUCAGCUGCUUUGAUUCAGCAAGCCACCACAGUUAAAAACAAGGAUAUCAGAAAAUUUUUGGAUGGUAUCUAUGUAUCUGAAAAAGGAACAGUUCAGCAGGCUGAUGAAUAAGAUCUCAGUGAUCUGCAGAAACAACAAGAUAGCAGAUGGUUCUAUGGAUUCAGUUGUGAUCCUUUAAAGAGACAAUAAAAACUCUUGAUUUGAAAAAAAA